CAGCUUUGUGUUCGUGUAUUCGUUUGCGUAUUGCAUCAUGUUUUUAUUCGAUUGUUUGUGCAUAUUGUUUGUCCAACUGCUUGAUUGGCAUCGUUCUUCUCGUAGGAUCUUUUAAUUAUUGUCAUUUAGUCUAUGUUCGAAAGAUUGUGCAUAGACGCCAUGAUUUUUUUUUCUUUCACUUAUACUUACUAAGGGAGGAGCCGUUGUGGGCCCAUAACCUAUCAGAGUUUAUUUAUUGGAUAAGAAUACGCGAUAACAUAAUGGAUUGGAAAUAUACAUAAGUGCAUCUGAACGACACCUCGAGACCAACUGCAUGCAAAGCCGGAGUUCAUUUGUUUAGUUAAUGACAAAAGGCAAUGACACUCAUACAUCUUACAGCAUUCAUCACUAUAUUCCAACAGGAAUGAAAAAUCAUCGCUCUACAUGGUCAAUACUAUGCAGGUGAGAAAAGUCCAUCAGAAUUCAUUAUUCUCUUUGCAACAUUCAUGUCGGAUGCAUCGAUAUCAAAAUUGCAUCAUGGUCAUGCCUUGGUGGACCACUCAACAGUGUAUGGUCCAAAAAGAUCCAGUCGAGAUAUAAUCAGAUAUUCCUGAUUCAACAAGAUUUCUUCAGCAUCAAUAGUUAUUUCUUGGCUAUCAUCAAAUGUCAUUGAUCGUUAUGGAUAUUAAGAAGAACAGAGUGAAAGUAUUGCCAGAUUUUCAACUUUGGUUCAGGCGUUUAUUUGUUUUUUAAUUUGUAUAAAAAUAAAUUGAAUUAGCAGGAAGUUACACGAGCUAGAUACAAAUAUCAAUUUUGGAAAAUUGUAAAAUAGAAAUCCAUAUCCAGUCAUCGAUUUUGAAAUUUUGAUUGAUUCGUUUGUUUGCUAUAUGUAAUUUUAUUGUGUGAAAUUUCAGAGUUUCGAAACUAAGUUAUUCCAUUGUAAAUAGUGGCUAUUUUUAAUAUUAUAAUAGUUUGAAAGAAAUAUAAAUUCUUCUUCAGUAAAUUAUUCCACAUUCACUCAACUAUAAUAAAUUCUAUUACCUUUUUCAGUUGAAGUUAAAAACAAACGUUGGAGGAAGAAGAUGAAAGAUUCAAAACUGAUUACAUACUGUCAAUCACAUUUUCUUUGCAAAUGCACUAACGCACACACCUACAUUUUGUAAUUGCUUACUAUAUUUUUAAAUAGAAAUAUAUCUUCUUUUUACAUGCAUUAAAUCUUUUCAAUGUUUCACGUAAAAAAAGAUAUUAAAACUAUGAUCAAAGAUAUUUCAGUUUUAAUUUUCUAAAAUUUAUUAUUGUGAGAAACAAGGACAAGGAGUAUGAUUCCCUUGUCUUUAACCUUAUAACAAUGAAUAUACUUGUUAGGAAAGUGAUUAUUUUCGAAAUAAUGAUGAGUAUAUUCGUCGUAAAAAAAAUGAAUUCAUUUUUGUUAUAAAAAUUAAAAUUAAAAAAAUUGUAAAAAGUUGUAAAAAGUGAAAAAUUAUGUUUUUUUUUUAUUACAAUAAAGGGUAAUAGCUUUUUUCAUUUUCAUAAAAAUAUCAUAUAAUGAAUAUUAAAAUUGGGUGAAAUUGAUUAUUUUCUGCAAAAAUUGUUUAAUUAUUUCACUUUUAUCUGAAUCACAGAUAACCUGCUUGUGUUUGAUAAACUGAAAACUAUAAUUAAACUAAUAUCGUUUGCUAUUUUGUCAUAACUAAUUCAAAAUUACUGUAAUUAAUAUGUAAAAGCAUUGAUUUUUAAUGAAAAAGUAAAAAAAUAUAAAAUAAAAUUUUUUGAUUUAAGGUUUUGUUUCUCAUGAAAAUUGAGUUUGAAAAUUUAUCAAGUUAUUUGAAUUCAACUAAUGCAUGA